AUGGUACAAACGAAAGCAUUUGACUCCAUUAUCGAGGCUAUUGAAAGGGGACAGAAACUAUUUGUAAUCACAGGCCAGCCCGGCGAAGGAAAAACUACUCUUGGAUUCCUCAUACUGCGAGAAAUGAAUAAAAAAGGAAAGACAGUUUGCCUUGUGACAAGUCCGGAGGAUUACAAACAAAGAAAAUCUUGUGAUGUGCUGAUGUUUGAUGAUACAUUUGGUAGCAUUUCAUUUGAAGACAAGAAGUACAUCGAUUGGAAAGAUACUAUUAUUGAUGUUCUUGCUUUACCUGAACACAAAGGUUCCCACAGUGGAGUAAAUAUCAUUCUGAUAAUUCUUCGCAAAACCAUCCUCGGACACCUUAAAACUGAACUUGGCAGAUAUGCGAACGUAUUUGAUGACAAAAACUUCAGCAAAAGUCUAAACAAGUUGAAGGAUAACGGUGGCAACUCUGAGGGUCAUGCUGUCAACAUCAAAGAUGAGCAACUGAAGACAAUGUCGAUGCAUGCAGUCAAUGCCAGAAACCUACCUGCUUUAGAGGUAUUGGUCAAAGAAGGUGCUGAAGUAAAUGACACAGUCCAUGGUCAAACCAUGUUACAUUAUAUUUGUAAAGAGGGAUUUGUGGAUGGUGUGAAAUGUAUCAAAGACAAAGUUCACGACAUUGAUGCAAGAGACAUGUGGCAGAGGACACCUUUGUACUAUGCAUGUGACUCCACGCCUAUUGAAGAGUUGAUAAUUAUUUUGCUUGACCUUGGAGCGAACAUCAGUUCGUGGGAUAUAUUACCAUCGCUGAUACAAAACCUUUGCAGAGAAGGAAAGGCAGACUUUGCAGAUGAGAUUAUUGAACGCUCUGAUAUCAGUAAAAGAGAGGAGUUGGUGAAAGCCAAAAAGGUCUAUCUCACGCAGAAGGUACAUGAUUCUCAGGAUAUGUGCCUCCUGCUUCACUAUUUUUGCCACUUAAAAAAUCUGGAAGAGGUAAGGACAUUACUAAAUUCAACAAUGCAAUUUGACAUCAAUGAGCGUAUGUUCAAUAACGUACGUGUUAUUCACGAAGCCUGCAAAGGUAAAGACUAUGAGGGUAAAGGUGAACUUGUUAAAUUGUUGAUCAGUCACAAUGCUGAUGUUAAUAUUCCAGACAGUGAUGGCAUGACAGCUCUUCACCUGAUGUGUGAAAGUGGUUGUUUGGAAGGGCUCAAGGAAAUCUUGGACAAAGCUUCCCCUGAAACUGUAAAUAAGAAAGGCGAUUGGUUUGAUUUAACACCAUUCAUGUACUUCUGUAUUGUGCCUCCACAUAAUGACAGUUUGAGAAUUUUACAGCUGCUGUUGGAAUAUGGUGCAGAUGUGAAUGUGAAUCAAGAAGAUGGGAGGAACGGCAGCCAUUACCUUUGUGCUAACGGCAACUACCAGUGUCUUGAACACUUGAUUAGGGCCAGAAAGAUUGAGGAUGUUAACGUAUGUCUUAAUAAGGACAUUGGAGAUCGCUAUGUUAGAGGCCAAACUCUGCUUCACUGUUUAUGCAAUGGUGAUGCAACGAAAGAAAAUAUGAAGCUGUUAUUGGAACAACACGCAGAUGUUAAUAGAAGAGACAGCAAAGGAAAUACCCCUUUGGAUUAUCUGAAACAAGACCCUGUAAGCGGUGUAUUUUGUACGAGGAAUAUGCUGCAUGUGUCGCGCCCGCUAAGUUCAAGGGAACGGGAAGAACAAAAGUCGAGACGUAUUGAAGCCAAGGAAUUGAUGGUGCUUAAAGGAGCUCAAUGA